GUCCGUCUGUGACGACAUCGGAGAACCAGACUAGGACAGCCAAACGUGAACCCUCUGUUGCACCACGUUGUAACAAAGGCGCGCCGUAAACGCCGUAUACCCAGCCGCAUCACAGGACACUUUCAUUUGGAGCGGUCCGAAGCUUAGGUCCUUGGACACGUUGGCGUGUAGUAGUGCACCGAGACUCUAUUCCGUUUCCUUUUUUCUAAUUGUAGCAACUCCGCUAAAGAGACAAAGAACGAAGUCAUGGCCUCUACCGAGUCUCCCCAACCCGAGUCGGCGUCAUCUCCUUCGUCUAAUGGCAUCUUCCAUAAACAUCAGGACUCGGAUGCGCAGGAGAUGCUGAUCGCGUCCCUCCGGGGCCAAAUUCAAGACCUCUUCUCCCAAGUCACGCAACUGAAUGGGAAGCUCGUCAAAUCCUACGACCGCGUCUCCGACCUCGAAGACGACGCGCACAUGUCUGCGUCCCAGGCGCGGCAGACGUCGCUCAAGAUCGCGCAGCUCGAGCUCGAGCGCACGCAGCACCUGUCCGCGCUUAACACCGGGCUCCUCGUGGAGAAGGCCCAGGUGACGGCAGAGCUUACUCGCCUGAUGGAAAAGGCGACGGAAGAGGCUGUGCGGAGGGGGCGUGCGGAGACGGCCAAGGCGGACAUCGAGAAGGACUUGGACGACUUGAGUGCGACGCUGUUCGCGCAAGCAAACACCAUGGUCGCAGAAGCCCGGUAUGCUCAGGCGCUGGCAGACCGGAGGGUCGAAGCUUCGGAGACAGCGCUGAAAGGCGCGGAGGAGAUGGUCGGCAUGAUGCAAAUUCAGAUGCAGAGGCUGCAGGAUGAAAAAGACAAUGCCGAGCAUGGCUCCCGAAGAAACUGGGAGAUUCAGGACAGGCCCCCCAGCUCUGUGAAGCUGAUGAGCUCCCAUCUGCCGUAUCAAGAAUUCCUUUUGUUUGUCGCGCAUCUGCGAAGCAUUCAUCCUUCGUCGUUGGCCAACCCACCGGCGAUGACAACUCUACUUCCGAUGGCGUUUCUUUCCCGCCUUUCAAAUGAAGACUCUGAGCCAACUAUGCGUCUCGACUUGGCGCCGUCUCUCAAUUGGCUAUCUCGGCGAUCUGUGCUUUCCGCGAUCCAUGCAGGGCAACUUACAAUUGAACCCAUGGCCACGGGUGCAAUGCUGGCUGAAUCCAACUCUGCUGGAGCACCCACCAUCCCCGGUGUCAACAGCAGUAACAACAACAUCUCUUGUGCGCUGUGCGGAACCCCCAUUUUCUCCAAUCCAGAGCUUCCCCCGCAUUAUGCAAAGCCACCCACGCAUCCAUCGUUGCACGGGAACAGCGGAUGGUCUACGUCCGUGAUCAAGAAGACGCUGUCGUACACCGGCACCUCAACUGUCUCUCGACCCAGUUCCGAACACGGAGCACCCUACCCGCCGCAAAUCUAUAUAUUCCGGAUCGCGACACCACUUCCACCGCCCCAACCGAUGAACCCGCCGACUCGCACCGCCAGCCCGUCACCGUUCUUGCCCAGCGUAUCGUCGCGUGCCACACCUCCACCUGCUGCUGCUGCUGUUGCCGCGUCAAGCCUAAGCAAUCUGUCGUUCAACUCGUUGACGCAGUCGGCGGCGCCGUCGACGACUAUAUACCCGCUCUGCACGUCCGGCUGGUGCCUGGCACGCUUGCGCACCACGUGCACUCUGUGGUCCUUUGUACGCACGGGGAUCGUCGAACGAGUUUGGGAGGAGGAAGUGCCGAACAUCCCGCAAACUGCACUCGAGCCCAACGCAGCGGCGGCGCCACCGAUUCCCCCGCGCAGGAAAGGACUUUGGGGCAUGGCUACGAAGCUGGGGAGUUGGAGCGGCGAGAAGAAAGUCGAGGAAAAGCCGCUUCCACCGACUGCGGUAGUCCCGACCUCGGCUCCCCCUCUGCCGAAACGGAACGAGGAGCGCCGGCGGUCGUCUCUCCCGGUGAGCUCUGCACCACCGCUUCCUGCUCGACGUGUUGUGGAGCAACCACCGGCCGAGCGAGUGGAAGUGGUGGAGGAAACAGUGGCUGAGCAGGCGCCGGUUGAGCAGGCACCGGUGGAGAAGGCUUCGGUUGAGGAGGUUUCAGUUGAGCAGGCGCCGGUUGAACAAGCACCGAUGGAGCAGACUGCUGCUGAGGAGCCGGCGGAUCCAACAGUGCCUCCAGCCACAGAACCGGCGGCGGAAGCGGCGGCGGCAGAGCAGACUGAAGAGCCACCAGCGCCAGCGGCUUCGCUGAAGCGAAUGUCCGCACAUCAGAUUGCCCUCCCUGAUUCGAGACCGUCCACUCCAAUGGCCGAAACCCCUGCAGCUGAGACUGCUGUCGUUGAAUCGUCAGGGCCAGCUGCCCAGCCGGCUGCUCCCCCUCCACUUCCGAGGAGAGCUGCCGCUAGACGGCCCGUUCCCGCCCCUCCGACUACAGAAUCAGCGCCCCCAGCUGAGCCCGCUGAUGCGCCACCCAAGGUAGCAGCAGUGGAAGUGCAGUCUGACAUUGUUGCCGCGGAACCAGUGGAAGCUAAGCCAAAAACCGAAGAACCCCCUGCAUCCCAACCCGUGUUGAACGGGGACCUGGCGCGCUCAGAGUCACCUCUCCCCGAAAAGGAGAAGGAGGACGACGAAGAGGAUGACGAAGUGUAUGUGGGCGACGCCACCUGGGAGGAACGCACCUGGAAGGAGCUGUCGGAUUUAUCUUUAUUCAACCGUGAAACAUCCGAUUGCUUGUUCCCCGGGCCCUCCGCGGGACGCAAAGCCCUCAGACCGGUUGAUGCUCGUUUCGAUAUUCGUCUGGCCAUCCUCAUUCGCGGAAUCACAGAAUCACGAUAUGAGCCUGUUGAGGACAGUGCCCAGGACCCAGAACACGAUUUGAAUCCGAUCUACAUUGGGUUCAAACAUCUCUGCGGCAAGUGCAGGCCUCUUAUAAUCAAUCAGAACGCCUCGACAUCUCGCAUGAUCAUGACCCACCUCGAGACCGACGUGGGGGAGCACAGCGCGAGCUGCCUCCCCGGCCCAGUGUCACUGACCAACACGAUCCCCACCGUGCAGAUCGCCGUCCCGAAGUACCUCCGCAACCUCCGUCUGCAGCAGCUUGCGCGGAGAGCCGACUCGGACCCAGGCCAUGGACGGCAGCAGGGGGAUCGAGAGCUGCAGGCGCUCGAUGCGUCGCUCGACGAGGGGCUCAAGAUGCUGUUCGCUUCGCUGAGAGAAUUGGAUUCGGAAGUGACUGUUGAUCUGCGUGGAUCCCCUGUCAAGGAGGCACGCGGGCGCGAGGGAGACGGCGAUGAGAACCGGGAGGAUAUCAAGUCACCCGACAUCCCAUCCGCUGUUCUCCCGAGCAAAGUCCCUGAGAUGGUAGACCGUGUCCGCGUCACUGCGCGCUAUAUCACGAGCCAGCUCCAAGAACGGGGGAGGAAAACUGCAGGCAAAGAAAAGGCGAAGGACGCCAAGUCUCCGGUUGUGCCACCCACGCCGAUUCAGAUCACGAAGCAAGCAUCCAUCGCCUCGACAUCCUCCAUGGCUUCCACUGCCAGCAGUAGUAGAGCGGCCACAGAGCUCACGCGGAAGAUUGGACGGCUGACAGCCACAUGCUCUGACGACUGGCUUGCGAUGCAGGAAGUGUGCGGGCUGGCAUCGUCCUCCGACGAGUCGGCACGUGAAGCAGUGCGAGCGUUGCGCUACGAGUUCCGAUUCGGGGCACCUUCUGCUCAGCUCGUUGCGGCACAGCUAUGGGCCCUGCUGCUCAAGUCAGCCUCGGGCGCGUUACUAUAUGCCUGUACGAGCCACAAGUUCUUGGACAGCCUAGAAGACCUGCUGGUUGCCCCGCAGACGGAUCCUGUUGUGCGUAGUCGCGUGUUGCGCGUUCUCGGGGCGGCCGCAUAUGCCAGUGGAACUAAACUCGCUGCAUUCCGCCUGCUGUGGCAACGUGUGCGACCACCGGAAGCGCCAGAAGAGGGGGUGCCUUUCGCUGACGAGGAUUCCAUCUUUAACCCGCGUCCCCUUCCGACCGAUGCCGCGCACAACGUGAUCACGUCUGAAAAACCGCUGACUCCUUCGCGACGACGGCCCAGCAAGACCCGCGCGGCAGGACACCCAUCGAAUUCGAUGUCACCUCCCGAUGCUGGGCCGCCAACGACGAGCAGGCUGUACACGUCUGUGCUUGACACUGAGUCUCUGCUGCGGCCACUGAGAUCGAAGAAACCCUCGCGACAGGCUCCAACGAAGGACGCCGGCGAUCUGCCCAUCCAAUCGCCUCCGCCGGAAGAGGAAGAGGCAGAUUUCUUUCGAUUCGAGCACGCAAACCCAGUCGCCCCACUCGACCGAUCGCGCGCCGGGUCGUCUUUCGGUCUUUCGAGCCUGCCCAGCCUUCCGAUUGCGUUGACGGGCUUCCCGAGUCUUAGUAUCGGCAGCAAUAUCGAGACAGGCUUCAAUCGGCUAGUUCCGAGCAGGAGAUCCAAGGGUGUGCUACGGACGGCCGUGGCCACCCCAACGGUUGCCCAGUCAGCGGUCGCAGCAGCAGCUGCUGCACAAGAAGCACCACCACCACCUCCCCCGCUUCGCGUCGACAGCCCCGUAUCCGUCAUCGAGCCCCUGCCCCCCUUGCAAUCAGAACAGACGCGGAAAGAUCCGGCCAUCAGAGCUCGUGCCCAGUUCAAUUACUUCCCCGUGCGGGCGGACGGCGACCAGGAUGACGCCGACGAGAUCGCGUUCACCAAAGGAGAGGAGCUCGAGAUCCUGGACCGGGAAGGCAGGUGGUGGAUGGCGCGGAAGCGCGACGGGACAACGGGCAUCGUGAGAGCUGACUAUUUCACUAUCGUGGCUGGAUGAGAUGGAAGAUCGAGUGCUUUGGUAUACUAUCGUUAUUAUGUAUUGGGACUGUUGUGGCCACUGCUGUAUAGUUCAGGACAGUAGCGAAUCCAUGGUGGCAAUCAGCCGAUUCGUUAUUCAGAUCAAGACACAUGUUACAUGC